AUGAUGAGCCUUAGGAGUGCCCCCACAUAUCCAUUCCAUCCAACGUUUAAGUUUGUUCCUAGGGGCACUACAGGCACUACCUAUAGUUCAUCUAAAAAUUCCGAGAUGUUAGGUCACAAUGGUCACAAUGGUUUCGUUGUCUCGUGCUUCCACGGUCAAAUACUUGACUACUCUCCAGAAACCAACAUCAUGCUUUCGCAUAUAUGUCCGAGCUCUCCUUCUGCGUCAACUAUAGUGCCGUACAUCUGGAUGUGGAGGCCGGACGAUGAUUAUGGAGAGGUUGAGAGAAGGUUACUAAUUAAGAUGGCGCUGCAAUCAUAUACAAUCCCUUGCUGCCAACGCUCCCUUAUGGAAUGUAUAUGGGGGUUUUUGUGA